GCAGCCGCACGCCCAACCCGCGGCCCGGGAGGUGGUUGGGGAGUGAAUCUUCUGGAAGGCGACCUUAAAGGCGCCGGGCCGAGCGAAGGGCGUUGCAGUGCGGCCGUCGCCGGGGCCGGGAAGGGGCGCGUUGGUGGCAGGAGGCGGGCUGCGCGGCGGUCGUGGCGGAACUCGCUGGUGACCCUCGCAGGAUGAACCACAAGAGCAAGAAGCGGAUCCGCGAGGCCAAGCGGAGUGCACGCCCGGAGCUGAAGGACUCGCUGGACUGGACCCGGCACAAUUACUACGAGAGCUUCUCGCUGAGCCCGGCGGCCGUGGCGGAUAACGUGGAGAGGGCGGACGCCCUACAGCUCUCGGUGGAAGACUUUGUGGAGCGAUACGAAAGGCCUUACAAGCCCGUGGUUCUGCUGAACGCCCAGGAGGGCUGGUCAGCGCAGGAGAAAUGGACUCUGGAGCGCCUGAAGAGGAAGUACCGCAACCAGAAGUUCAAGUGCGGGGAGGACAAUGACGGCUACUCGGUGAAGAUGAAGAUGAAGUACUACAUCGAGUAUAUGGAGAGCACGCGGGACGACAGCCCCCUGUACAUCUUCGACAGCAGCUAUGGCGAACAUCCCAAAAGAAGGAAACUUCUGGAAGACUACAAGGUGCCCAAGUUCUUCACCGAUGACCUUUUCCAGUACGCAGGGGAGAAGCGCAGGCCCCCUUACAGGUGGUUUGUGAUGGGGCCCCCACGCUCCGGAACCGGAAUUCACAUCGACCCUCUGGGAACCAGCGCCUGGAAUGCCUUGGUGCAGGGCCACAAGCGCUGGUGCCUGUUCCCCACCAGCACGCCCCGGGAGCUCAUCAAGGUGACCCGCGACGAAGGAGGGAACCAGCAGGAUGAAGCUAUCACCUGGUUUAAGAUCAUCUACCCCCGGACACAGCUGCCAACCUGGCCACCCGAAUUCAAGCCCCUGGAAAUCUUGCAAAAGCCGGGAGAGACUGUCUUUGUGCCAGGAGGCUGGUGGCACGUUGUCCUCAAUCUUGACACCACCAUUGCCAUCACCCAGAAUUUUGCCAGCAGCACCAACUUCCCUGUUGUAUGGCACAAGACGACACAGCACGGGCAGCGGCAGUGCCAGCCACCCCCAGCCACCCCGUGCCACUGUGUCCCAACCCUGACCUGGAGGGACCAGCUCUCGGGGCACCUGCCGUUGGCCGGCGCCUCUCAGCCAGGUCUGGGCCGCAGCCUGGGAGCUGGCCUGUGGCUGUCCGUGCCUGUCCCGCCACUGAGAACGCACUUCCUGUCUCCCAGGAUCCUGAAGCAGGAGCACCCCGAGCUGGCGGUCCUGGCUGACUCGGUUGACCUUCAGGAAUCCACAGGGAUCGCCUCCGACAGCUCCAGCGACUCCUCCAGCUCCUCCAGCUCCAGCUCGUCGGACUCGGACUCGGAGUGUGAGUCGGGGUCUGAAGGAGACGGGACGAUGCACCGCAGGAAGAAGCGGAGGACCUGCAGCAUGAUGGGGAAUGGGGACACCACCUCCCAGGACGACUGCGUGAGCAAGGAGCGCAGCUCCUCCAGGUGACCGGCCAGCUCACGCUGUCGGAGGACAUGCCGCGGCCAGGGCAGGGCCGGGCCGGGGGCAGCCUGUGGGCUCUGCACAUGGCGAGCCGAGAACGAGGAAGAGGAGGAGGAGGACGCUCCUGCGAUGAGUCCACUCAGCAUUUGCUACCGUAGCUCUUUCGUCUGCUGCCGAUGCAGAUUACCGUGGCUUGUUUUAGGCGUAAAGGCAAGAACCUAUGUGGAUGGUGCCAAGGAAACCCUGUACAUUAUUUAAUAAAAAUGAAAUGCAUUUUA